CCGGGCUGCCUUUCCGGGCCCGCGGCUUCCUCCAGCCCGCCCCGCCCCUCGGCCUCGCGGGGCCGCCCCCGACCCCGAACUCGGGCCCGGCCUCGCGGCAGCGGCGGCGGCGGCGGCGGCGGCGACUCCACGGCGCUCCGCCGCGUCCCCGCGUCCCCCCCGCGUCCCGAGAGCCGGCGCGGCGCGAACCUUCAGUGGCUCCCAGUGGCCUUCAGGAUAAACUUCAGAACUCUCAGCUUAUCUCUACGUCCAGCUCCAGCCUCAGCCCUUCCUCUCCCCACCAGCUGUUGUCUGGAGCCAAAGUGAUCUGCGCACAUUCUUGCCCUGGGCCGGCCAGCCUUGCCCCUACUUGCCACCUUGCCUGUCUUCCUGUUCAUAUCAACAUCUUAGUUCUGGAAGGGCAGGGGCAGCCUUCCACUACGGAGAGCCCAGCUGUCAGCUGCUGCCUCUCGGGAAGAUGCUGUGUCGCGGGGCCAGCACGGGUGUGGGUGCCCGUGUGCGUUUGGCCACAGCCCUGGCAGUGCUGUGGUUCUGCAUCACAGGCGCCGUGGAGGUCCAGGUCCCCGAAGACCCCGUGGUGGCCCUGGUGGGCACCGACGCCACCCUGCGCUGCUCCUUCUCACCCGAGCCCGGCUUCAGCCUGGCGCAGCUCAACCUCAUCUGGCAGCUGACGGACACCAAGCAGCUGGUGCACAGCUUCGCCGAGGGCCGGGACCAGGGCAGCGCCUAUGCCAACCGCACGGCGCUCUUCCCCGACCUGCUGGCUCAGGGCAACGCGUCCCUGAGGCUGCAGCGAGUGCGCGUGGCCGACGAGGGCAGCUUCACCUGCUUUGUGAGCAUCCGGGACUUCGGCAGCGCGGCAGUCAGCCUGCAGGUGGCGGCUCCCUACUCGAAGCCCAGCAUGACCCUGGAGCCCAACAAGGACCUGCGGCCUGGGGACACGGUGACCAUCACGUGCUCCAGCUACCGGGGCUACCCGGAGGCCGAGGUGUUCUGGCAGGACGGGCAGGGUGCGCCCCUGGCCGGCAGCGUGAACGUGACCACGUCGCAGAUGGCCAACGAGCAGGGCUUGUUCGACGUGCGCAGCGUCCUGAGGGUGGUGCUGGGCGCCAACGGCACGUACAGCUGCCUGGUGCGCAACCCCGUGCUGCAGCAGGACGCUCGCGGCUCCGUCACCAUCACGCCGCAUAGAAGCCCCACAGGCGCCGUGGAGGUCCAGGUCCCCGAAGACCCCGUGGUGGCCCUGGUGGGCACCGACGCCACCCUGCGCUGCUCCUUCUCACCCGAGCCCGGCUUCAGCCUGGCGCAGCUCAACCUCAUCUGGCAGCUGACGGACACCAAGCAGCUGGUGCACAGCUUCGCCGAGGGCCGGGACCAGGGCAGCGCCUAUGCCAACCGCACGGCGCUCUUCCCCGACCUGCUGGCUCAGGGCAACGCGUCCCUGAGGCUGCAGCGAGUGCGCGUGGCCGACGAGGGCAGCUUCACCUGCUUUGUGAGCAUCCGGGACUUCGGCAGCGCGGCAGUCAGCCUGCAGGUGGCGGCUCCCUACUCGAAGCCCAGCAUGACCCUGGAGCCCAACAAGGACCUGCGGCCUGGGGACACGGUGACCAUCACGUGCUCCAGCUACCGGGGCUACCCGGAGGCCGAGGUGUUCUGGCAGGACGGGCAGGGUGCGCCCCUGGCCGGCAACGUGAACGUGACCACGUCGCAGAUGGCCAACGAGCAGGGCUUGUUCGACGUGCGCAGCGUCCUGAGGGUGGUGCUGGGCGCCAACGGCACGUACAGCUGCCUGGUGCGCAACCCCGUGCUGCAGCAGGACGCUCACGGCUCCGUCACCAUCACAGGGCAGCCCAUGACAUUCCCUCCCGAGGCCCUGUGGGUGACCGUGGGGCUGUCUGUCUGUCUUGUCGCUCUGCUGGUGGCCCUGGCCUUCGUGUGCUGGAGAAAGAUCAAACAGAGCUGUGAGGAGGAGAACGCAGGUGCUGAGGACCAGGACGGGGAUGGAGAAGGAUCCAAAACGGCCCUGCGGCCUCUGAAACACUCUGAAAGCAAAGAAGAUGAUGGACAAGAAAUAGCCUGACCGCGAGCACCAAGGAGCUGCCGCCUCCACCUGGGGGCUCCCACCUCUGGCCCCACUGGAGCCUCAGUGUGAGCCCUGCCUCCGACAGGUGCCUCCACUCUGGCAGGUCCUGCUCGUUCUCCAAAGGACAGAGAGACCACCCCGCAGCCUUACUUCUCCGAUGGACGUGAUUCCCAAGUCAUCCUGCUGCCUUAUUUCUCCCAUGACAUGAUACGUAAAUCAUCGUACUGUCAUUUCUUACGGACACGAUACAAAGACCACCCCACCACCUUAUCUCUCCAACGGCUAUGCUGCACGGACCAUCUGGCUGCCUUUAUGCCCCAAAGGACUCAAUAUUCAGACGGAUCCUCUGCCUUAUUUCUCCAAAGACAGGAUACACAGUCA